AUGAAAACUAAAAGGCUUUCUAUUAUAAACACUCAUGCGGAGGGCUCUAGUGAUGGGUAUCUCAUGCAGAGCGAAAGCACGUCUAUUCUUUUUGACCCUCCCUCGUGCAUAUUUGAGGAUGCCCUUACAGUUUCCAGAGGGCCAAACAAGAGCUUUAUCCAGGUAGAGGUGCUUAAGGAGUAUCCUGCGGGCAUUUCUGGGAUAUUCAUUACGAGCAGCAACUCUCUAGCUGUCUUUUUCACGGAGAGUAACGUGCCCAUAUACCUGACAGAGCCUGUUUACACGCAGAUGAAGGAGCGCCUGAAGCACUACGUGUCCCUGGGGCCUGUUUCCCAGCAGAAAAGAAUGCCGCAGGCCCACACAAAGAUAGUUGAGGUCUCUUCGUACAGAAAAAUUGCCAGGAGAGUGGUUCUGAUCAAGUACCAUCAGAUAGUCUCGUUCACGUACCUGUCAGUUACUCCGCAGCCUGCCGGCAUUUUCCUGGGGUGUCCCAUGUACGUAAUUUCCCAGGGCUUGGAGAAAGUCUGCGCGUACACGUACGGAGUGCCUGGGGGAACUUCUCUGUCGCCGGCAAUGCCCUUUCAGAGCACGCAAAUCCCCUUGAUUGUGAACGUCUUUGCGCCGAAGGGCUUUCCCGACAUGCAGAGUCUCACCCGGAGGAUUGAGAACCUGGCAAGACCCGACAGAGCAUGUGCAAUCACAAUGGACACGCUGAAUCAGUCCCUGGAGAUGGCUCUGCACAUUCUUAGCGUGGUCCGUAACAGAAGAAUCCUCGUUUCCCACAAGGGAAUGAAGAGGCUCAUGCAGCUGUACGACGUGAAGAAGGAGGUCUUUGCAAGCAGGUUUACGUCCGAGUCCUCGGUCAUUUCCACACUCUUCGCAACGAACAGGCUGCGAGUUGCAGACCGGACGGAGACUCUGGAGGCCGUGCGAAGCGAGCCCGUGAUUGUUCUGUGCGAUCCUUCAGAGUACAGCCUCUUCUACAGCGGAAUCCCAGCAGUUCACAUGCACCAGUACCGCGUCCGUUUCUUGGGGGACGUGGGCGACGCUUUUUCCCAGAAGUGGCCGCUCGAGGUCUUUUCCAACAGGCAGGUCCUGCAGAGAACAUGCCCGCAGGAAAGCCUUUCCGUGAGAGAGAUCACGGAACGUGAAUUUCACGAGAUUUCAGAGAGUGCUUUGCACAGUAUAAAAAUAUACAACACAGAGACAGUGCACAGAGUCGCGAGGAGCGAGGAGGGAAUUUCCCUGUACUUUGCAGGGAGUUUUGGCGAGGACCAGGCAGGCCCCCUUCUUCAGUGCAGAGAGUCCGUUUUGACAGGCCUGAUGAACGAAAGCGCGUCAAAGAGGUACACGCUAGACGGGGUCAUCAUAUGCAAUGGAAGCAAAAAAGUGUACACUAUAAAGGAGGAGGGCGGAUUCGUGCACGUGAAGAAGGAAACUCCAAAUCCCCAUCCUGCGGGAGAGAGUGAAAAUGCGCCUGUUUAG